GUUUAUAAACUCCUCUCCCUAGCGCUCCCACAACCUUGAAAGCAGAAGGGAGAGAGAGAGAGAGAGAGAGAGAGAGAGAGAGAUCAUGGCCUUUGCAACCAGUUGCUGCCUGCAUCUCCCUCCUGCAGCAGCAACCCCUCCUUCAAAACCUUCUCUCACUCCAAAAGUAAAUCACCGAGUUGCAUGCAGGAAGAAAAAUGAAGAAUCAUGGAGAAACCGAUGCAUUAUAGGCAUGGCUUCCAUGAUAAUUGGAUUGGAAAUAAGCAGCAACUUAACGAUCAUUGACGAAACCCAUUUUGCCAAUAAUAUUGCCAAAGAAAACACGUCGACCUUGCAGCUCGCAGUAGACUCGAACGGUCAGCAAGUCACGAGAUGGAGCGAUAAACGAAGUUGCCCCGCUUGGCGAGAGAAUUCCCUGGAGACCAUCAUGCCGGAGAACCUCCCCAGGCCGUCGGUUCGCCGGAGAUGGGAGGCUGUUGGGUAUGAUUCGAAGACUGCCCCGCCGGUUAAAGUGAUCGUCAAAACUACUACCAGAAGCAACUACUGCUUUUCUCUGUAAUAAAAAUUACAACGUUUCCCACGAUAUACGAUAAUAUUAAUUUGUACGAUAUGAUCAACAUGAGUAAUGAUCUGUAAAAAUUUAGAUAUA